CGGACCAUACACAAAGGUUUCCAAAAGAUUUAUUCCUCUUUCACUCACUCGGGCGGCCAGAAAAAAGCUAAAUUCGCCAUGCCUUCCGACGAACACCAGCGAUUACUCGGUUCCGACGAUGCAGAAACCGCCUACGACCCGACGGAGAAAGUCCACAUCGUCGGAGUAGAUGACAACGACGAUGACUACAGCACAGUAACGCCGCCGUUCUCGUGGCGGAAGCUAUGGCUAUUCACCGGACCCGGGUUCUUAAUGAGCAUAGCGUUCUUGGAUCCGGGUAAUCUGGAGGGGGAUCUUCAGGCGGGUGCGAUUGCGGGCUAUUCGUUGUUAUGGCUGCUUUUGUGGGCUACUGCUAUUGGUCUGCUUGUUCAGCUUCUCUCAGCUCGGCUCGGUGUAGCCACUGGGAGACACUUGGCUGAGCUGUGUAGGGAGGAGUAUCCGAAUUGGGCGGGGAAGUUGUUGUGGAUCAUGGCUGAGCUGGCGCUGAUUGGAGCCGAUAUUCAAGAAGUCAUUGGAAGUGCCAUUGCUCUCAAGAUUUUGACAAAUGGGUUUUUACCCCUUUGGGCUGGUGUUCUUAUCACUGCUUUUGAUUGUUUCAUCUUCCUGUUUCUUGAAAACUAUGGUGUAAGGAAGUUAGAGGCCCUUUUUGCUGUUCUUAUAGCAGUAAUGGCGAUUUCAUUCGCAUGGAUGUUUGGUGAAACGAAGCCCAAUGCUAAAGAGCUUCUUGUUGGUCUCGUGGUUCCAAAGCUCAAUUCGAAAACAAUACAACAAGCAGUGGGAGUUGUUGGCUGCAUUAUAAUGCCUCAUAAUGUGUUCUUACAUUCGGCACUUGUGCAGUCAAGAGACGUUGAUCCGAGAAAAACUGGCCGAGUCCGUGAAGCCCUCAGAUACUAUUCGAUCGAGUCCGGUAUAGCGCUAGCUAUCUCGUUUAUCAUCAAUCUUUUUGUAACGACUGUGUUUGCAAAGGCGUUUUUUGGUACUGCAAUUGCUGAUACAAUUGGGCUCGGAAAUGCGGGUCAGUUUCUUGAAGAAAGAUUCGGUGGCGGGUUGGUCCCGAUUUUGUAUAUUUGGGCCGUUGGGUUGCUAGCGGCCGGGCAGAGUAGUACCAUCACGGGAACUUAUGCCGGGCAGUUUAUUAUGGGCGGUUUUCUUGAUCUGAGAUUGAAGAAAUGGGCUCGGGCCUUGAUUACGAGAAGUUGUGCCAUCAUUCCCACGUUGGUCGUUGCAUUGAUUUUCGACAGUUCCGAGGAUACUAUGGAUGUUCUGAACGAAUGGCUUAAUGUGCUUCAGGCGGUUCAGAUCCCGUUCGCUCUCAUUCCGUUGCUGUGUUUGGUGGCAAAAGAGGACCUCAUGGGCGUUUUCGCGAUUGGGCCUGUUCUAAAGACAAUCUCAUGGCUCGUGGCGGCUUUGGUGAUAGCGAUAAACGGCUACUUAUUACAACAGUUUUUCGCUGAAGAAGUAAGCGGGACCACCUUUACGUCCAUAGUAGUUGCCUUCACGGUUGCAUAUGUUGCAUUCAUCGUGUAUCUUAUCUGGCGGAGCAUUACUGUUUCCACGUUCGGUUUGUUUAAGUCGAGAAGCCAAGCAACAUAGUGAGGAACAUUAAAAAAAAUUCAAUAACGAGAAACCUUUGUUAACAUGAUUAUAAUUCUAGGAACCGAUCAUCGAGAUGAUGUGGUUCGACAGUAGCAAGAUGUUGUAGACGACCGUUUCUUGUACAUGGGAGAUGGAAAAAACUGAGGGUGGUUGUAUUGUAGCACAAACAUCGUGAUUAUGCUUUUAAGUAAUCAUAAGAAAUCGGUUGAUUGUAGCAUCAAUACGAUUAUUUUAUCAUCGAUUUGUAGUUUUAUCGUCA